CUGCUGACCUCUCGUGGAGCAGCCGUUGGCGCCGCAGCGCGUCAUCACCGGAUGUUGACGUCAUUACCGGAUGUUGAUAGUAGCUGGUAGCGGAGCGCAGACAGGAACAGCUGAGAAAGAACAACAACAAAGCCACGACGACGACGGUAAAAACAACAGAUGUGCGUCUAAAAUACACUUUAAACAUCGGUGACAUUAUCGCUGGUGGGGACAUUUUGACCCGCUAAAACAAAUCUGUAAAGCCGUAGUUCAGUCGCUCCCAGAGAUUUGACGAUGGGCCGCAUCUUCUUGGACCACAUCGGUGGAACCCGCCUCUUCUCCUGUGCCAACUGUGACACCAUCCUGACCAACAGGUCCGAGCUCAUCUCCACACGCUUCACAGGAGCCACAGGCAGAGCUUUCCUCUUCAACAAGGUGGUGAACCUGCAGUACAGCGAGGUGCAGGACAGAGUGAUGCUCACCGGCAGACACAUGGUGAGAGACGUCAGCUGCAAGAACUGCAACAGCAAGCUGGGCUGGAUCUACGAGUUCGCUACCGAGGACAGUCAGCGGUACAAGGAGGGGCGUGUCAUCCUGGAGAGAGCGCUGGUGAGGGAGAGCGAGGGCUUCGAGGAGCACGUCCCCUCAGACAACUCAUGAGCCCUGAAGCUUGGAUUAACUUGUGUGGGAAAGCUCCUCCUCCUGUCCUCCUCCUGCCCCUCCCCCCCUGGUCCCCUCUCCUCUGUGCUGCACACCAACACCUGCAGACUUAGUGGUCAGUUGAAGGCUUCACCCCCCCCCCAGCUCCCCUUCCCUACGACCCUUGACCUCCGCUGAUUAGAAGAUUGGUUUGCUGGCUCCACUCUUGCUGAAUAGGCUUCCCCCAAAAAUACCUCCUGAUGUCUGUGUCACGGGGCACCACUCCCUAAAAUACCUCCUGAGACACAAAUAGGGAGUCGUAACUAACUUCACUUGUUUACGUGUUCGUGCACGGUCACACAGAAUCUCCACCACCUCACAAGGCAUGCUCCACCCCUUUAUAUGGUUAUUAAAACAUGCAUGAUAGUAGACAUGGUCAGUCACACAUAGUUGUUUUGUUAAUUUAGAUAACUGGAUGCAGUAGAGCUGAGUUUGUUUGUCACUCAGACGGGCAGAGACCGUCCCGCUCUGCACAGCGACGUUAGCUGAAGCCGAUGGAGGCGUCACUCUACGUUUUGCUUCUGUGGAUCUUGUGCUUCUGUGUUGUGACUCUUGUCUCAAUGUGUUAGUCACUGGUGAGCACUGAAUGCAAUUAAGACCCUGAUCGUCGUCGUUGUUUCUGUAACAGUUACCUUUUAUUAGCCUCUAGUGUAAUGACAGUUAUAGUGUUUAAAGUCUUUGUUUGCAUCCAGACGAUACCAUAAGGACCGCACAGACUGAUGUCAUAUUUAAGUAUUCAUUACACAGGGUUCGUACGGGCGCUUGAAACCCUUGAAAAUGUUGUAUUUUCAAGGUUUAAAAAGAGCUGUUAGUGGAUUUUGGAUAAAGUGCUUGUAAAUGCUGGAGAUUCUUCCUGUAUUUCUCUUGCAAUCUGACAAUAUCCACCCAUAGACUAUAGAUAAUCACAUGUUCAAUGUAAAAAAUAAUGAGUAGCCUAUCUGAAAUGAAGACCGUUCCUCCUAAAAGUGUAACACCAUCACUGUUGGUAUGGUUAAAUGAAAUCUCCCCCUUU